CAAACUCUGUUCACACUGGCGGGCACCAUUCCACCCAAAGGAGAGGAGGACUUUCUAACGCUUGCUGCCUCCCGGCUCAGCCGUCGCAAGCGUGUCAUAGGAGCAGCUGUGGGUGUGGCCAUGGUUCUGAUCCUUCUGGUCACAAUCCCUUUACUGGUGCACAGUACAAAAGGAGGAGGAGCCGGCACCUCUGGAAGCCAUUAUGAAAUGCUAGGAAGUUGUCGGAUGGUUUGUGACCCCUACACCACAUCUCAGGGCCAGGAGCUAACUGCUGUUUCACCCGCACCUCCUGAUUUUCCAAACCGGAGAGGGAAAUCUGGGUAUCGGGGACCUCCGGGGAUUCCAGGACCACCUGGUCCACGAGGACCACCAGGAGAGCCUGGGAAGCCAGGUCCACAAGGACCCCCAGGUCCUGGGCCUGGUGGUUACGUGCCGUCCUUCUACAGUCCUAAAAUUGCCUUUUACGCAGGGCUGCGCAAGCAACAUGAAGGCACUGAUGUGCUCAAGUUUGAUGAUGUGGUGACCAAUGUGGGCAACUACUAUGAGCCCAGCACUGGAAAAUUCACAUGCCCUCUACCUGGUAUCUACUUCUUCACAUACCAUGUCCUGAUGAGAGGAGGAGAUGGGACCAGUAUGUGGGCGGACCUCAAGAAGAACGGACAGGUGAGGGCCAGCGCUAUCGCCCAGGAUGCUGACCAGAAUUACGACUACGCCUCCAACAGUGUGAUCCUGCAUUUAGACGUGGGAGACGAGGUCUGUGUGCAGCUGGAUGGAGGCAAAGUCCACGGAGGAAACACCAACAAGUACAGCACGUUCUCCGGCUUCCUCAUCUACGCCGACUGAUGCUGCUCUGAUGAACUGUGAACGAACAAACACACACGUUCAUACAGUUACACACACACCCAACAGGCUUGAAGGAAGCGGACAUGGUUUAUACCGAGCAGAAGGGCUUUACAGACACGAUGGCAACCAAUUCCUUUUGGAUUUCCGACAUGCUGUUACUCCCAGACAUAAAUUGAGGCAAG